ACACAUGACUCAGGAGCAGAGUGAAUCACAGCUGGUAGCAUACCCAGAGCAGCAGCACAGGGAGCCCUGUAUUACCACGGUGCUGGAGGAGAUGUCUUCGGAUGACAGGGCUUAAAGAAGAAAUGUAGCUUCCUCCCUGCUGGGAACUCCACGUUUCUGGCAUCUCCACGCUGAAGAAAUACUGUGAAGGUGUGAUCCAUCACAUCUGCAUACACAAAUAUGAAGUUCUUCUGGAUAAUCCCAUUUUUCCUGCUGCAAGCUGAGGCAGAGCACAAGUACCUCCCAACCACCCUGGCCAGCACACACAUGGAUGAGCACACAGCAGGCAACAUUACCCUUCCACUGGGCUUGGAACUGGAAGAGCUGGAGGAGCUGCUCUGGUUCUUCCGCAGAGAAGACCCCUCAACGUGGAAUUACUCUGUACUUGCGCUGUCCCUCGCGACCAUGAUUUUGGGUCUCGUUCUUCUGACCAUUAACAUUGUGCGAAACAGGAAAAGGAAAAUCCUUGUGAACGGAGAAACAGCACAACCCACACAGGAAGCUGACCUCGAUGCCAAGCAAGCCCUGAUGCCUGUGCAGGAAUACAACCUGGCUGAGCCACUAAAGCAGCAGCCAGGGCCCCAGAGACCAGGGGACGUGAUGGUGCAGUGGAAAGAUGGGACUGUCACAUCCCUGUACACAGAGACGUCUGAGGAGGCCAUAUAGUGGCAGCUGGAGUCAGCCCAUUUAGGCCUUAAGGAAGGUAUCAGAAUGUCUCAAUUCGCAGAGGUGCCAGUUUAAAAAUGCAGUUUAGCCUGGAGAAAGAAAAGUGUGAAACAAGAAAGCAGCAGAGUUGCACCUGCAGGAGGGGCCCUGGGCUCAUCUCCUGCCUGGCUGGUGUUCCCCCACUGCUCUGGCUGCUUCCAGCCUUCCCUCCAGUGCCAGCUUCCUCUCCUCCCUCAGGUGCUGCAAACAGGUUUGACCUGAGCCAGGGAAGUAAGUGGGAAGCUUGGCCUGCAGUCAGCCAGGGAAAGCAGCCUCACUUCCCAUCAGGAAAACAGCAACACUGAAGCUGAGACAUUUUUAUUCUUUUCAGAGUCCUCUUUUAUUAAAAUACUUUCCAAAGUGGUUGAUCAAAA